CAAUUUUGUAAAAAACGUUCCGAGCGUUUGGACGCGUGCAGCGGACGAAAAUAAAACACGGCGAGAGCGAGAAUCGUGUGUGUGGACACUCAAAGACUCAAAAUUGAAACCAACUCGAAAAGGUUGCACUGCAAAUUCCCAAGUAGAAAAGCCAACGCGAGUGUGCAAAUCGAUUACGAAAAUUGUAAACGCUUUUUUUUUGCCGUGUGAGUGCAAGCGCAUAAGAUCGAAGAAAAACAGCCAGAGCGAAAAAGAACCGAAAAAAGGCAGAGAGAACCAAAAAGGAAAAAAGAAAAAAAAAACAGCAGGAAAACACCAACAUAAUAAUGGAUCGGGAGCUGAACGGGGCGAUGAAGAGCGUGUCCAUAAAUAGCGCCCAACUGAAUGGUCACAAUAACGGUGGCGGGCUAGAUGAAACGGACCGCGUGGGCGUGGCACAGGGGGCGGCACUGAGUGCAUCAGAGAAAAUAACAACAACGACGGCGGCAGCUACAAAAUCAGCGACAGCGACCACAAAUGGAACCACAGCAACAGCCACAACCACAAAUCUUACAACUCACAGCCCGCAGCAAAUUGCACUCUUAUCCGCUGCAGAGAAAAGUAAGAUGGUGCACGAGUUAUGUCAGCAGCUGCUUCUAACGGACGAACAGGUGCAGGAGCUGUGCUACCGCAUCCUGCACGAGCUGCGCCGCGGCCUGGCCAAGGAUACGCAUCCCAAGGCGAAUGUCAAGUGCUUCGUAACAUAUGUGCAGGAUCUACCCAAUGGCAAUGAGCGUGGCAAGUUCCUGGCCUUGGAUCUUGGUGGCACCAACUUCCGGGUGCUGCUCAUCCAUCUGCAGGAGAACAACGAUUUCCAAAUGGAGUCCCGCAUCUAUGCCAUACCGCAGCACAUUAUGAUUGGAUCGGGUACGCAGCUAUUCGAUCACAUCGCCGAAUGUCUGUCCAACUUUAUGGCCGAGCACAAUGUGUACAAGGAGCGUUUGCCACUCGGUUUCACCUUCUCGUUCCCGCUGCGCCAAUUGGGUCUGACCAAGGGCCUGCUGGAGACCUGGACCAAGGGCUUCAACUGCGCCGGCGUCGUCAACGAGGAUGUUGUCCAGCUGCUGAAGGAUGCCAUCGCACGGCGCGGCGAUGUCCAGAUCGAUGUGUGUGCCAUACUCAAUGACACCACUGGCACGCUGAUGAGCUGCGCCUGGAAGAAUCACAACUGCAAGAUCGGUCUGAUUGUCGGCACCGGUGCAAAUGCCUGCUAUAUGGAGCGGGUGGAGGAGGCGGAGCUCUUCGCCGCCGAGGAUCCACGCAAGAAGCACGUCCUGAUCAACACGGAAUGGGGCGCAUUCGGCGACAAUGGCGCACUGGACUUUGUGCGCACCGAAUUCGAUCGAGACAUCGAUGUGCACAGCAUCAAUCCGGGCAAGCAGACGUUCGAGAAGAUGAUAUCGGGCAUGUAUAUGGGCGAGCUGGUGCGUCUGGUGCUGGUGAAGAUGACCCAGGCGGGUAUACUGUUCAAUGGACAGGAUUCCGAAGUGCUGAACACCCGCGGACUGUUCUUUACCAAGUAUGUGAGCGAAAUUGAAGCGGACGAGCCAGGCAACUUCACCAAUUGCCGCCUGGUGCUGGAGGAGCUCGGUCUGACCAAUGCCACCGACGGGGACUGCGCCAAUGUACGGUACAUCUGCGAGUGCGUCUCGAAACGGGCUGCCCACCUGGUGUCCGCCGGCAUUGCCACGCUGAUCAACAAAAUGGACGAGCCAACGGUGACGGUGGGCGUCGAUGGCAGUGUGUACCGCUUCCAUCCCAAGUUCCAUAACCUGAUGGUCGAGAAGAUUUCGCAGCUGAUCAAGCCGGGCAUCACCUUCGAUCUGAUGCUGUCCGAGGACGGUUCCGGUCGUGGAGCUGCCCUGGUGGCGGCCGUCGCCUGUCGCGAGGACAUACUCAAUGGCAAGAAGUAGGAUGGAUAGGGAGCUGGAUAUGAACCAGGAGGAGGAGCCGCUGGAGCAGCUGGAGCAGUCCUAAGAGAUACAGCAACACACCCACACAACCACAGAAACAGCAGAGCAAAUGAGAAACACCUAGUAAACGGCCACGGUGGCGUAUGCGUAAUAAUUGCAGUAGAGCCACGCUAACUCACAAAAGCCCUAUAGCCAAAAGAUAUGAAAAAAUGAAGCUGCCACGACGAAAAGUAAUCGAAAAGCCUACGAAAAACCUCUAUAUGCAUACGUAGGGCAUUUGCGAGUUGGCGCGACUUGGCUUUAGUAUUUUAAUUAGGCAAAAAACCAGGUUUUUAACUACAAACACAAGCGUAACAGAAAACCCCAACUAAGAGACAGAAGAUCUGUGGCAUUCUAUCUCUUUCUCUCCUAGUUAAAGAAAACAAAGAAGAAGAAAAAACUCUAUGCUUAAUGAUUAUGGAUCAUUUUCGAUUUUUGUUGAAAAUUUGUUAUGCUAUUAUAUAUAUAUAUAUUUUACAAGAAAACAUAAUAUACACACACUAAAAACAUAAUGUAUAUGUUUGGGCAUAUAUAGUACAAUUUGUGAAGCGAAUUUCUUUUCGAUUUCGAUUGAAACAACACAUUUUUUUGGUAAUUCCCUGCCCAAAAGACCCCUGAAAACCCCCUAAAAAAACAGAGAUACUUAAGAGCAAGUGAGAAAAGAAACUGUUAUACUACUGUGCUACAAGCAUUCUAGCAUAUCCUGCAGGACAACGGAAAGAGAAACUGUAAAACCGCACAUUGUUAAAGCAAAAACGAAAACGAGAAAAGCAACAAAAAACAAGCCGCUAGAGAAGAGACAGAAACAGAGGGAUGGAAAGGAAGAGAGAGAGCGAGCGAGCGAGAGAAAGAGAGAGAGGAAUACUAGGUAAUCCUACGGUGUCCUUUCUGUAAUUGUAAAUGUUUAUAUAGAACCUAUUACGAAGCGUUAUAUGAUAAUACUGCAUACAUAUAUAUUUACAUAUAUAUAAAUAUAAAUAUGAUAUAUUUAGCCACUAUAUUACUGAUUUUUUUUUGUAAUGUAUUGCUUGUCUUUGUUUAGUGAAUUUGUUUGUUGUUAACACUUAAGCAGGUAAACUCUAAACAAAAAUAAACUGUUUUUUUUCCUUUUGAUAUAGAAACGCACUUUGUGAGCUAUUAUUUAUGUAAUUGUACAUUUGACCUAGUUUAGUGUUUAGUUCUUAUCUUAGUUUCUAAAUGUCGUCGAAGAAGCCAGCAAUACAACCCCACCCCCUAAAAAAAAAACCCAACCCACGGAGCCCUUAAUUAUAUUUAAUUAUUGUUUACGAACAACAAGCGAAGAGAAUGCGAGAAGCUAAAAGGCAAAUAAGCAAAAUGGAAAGCAAAUAAAAUUUGUUCUUAAUUCAUACACAAGUAGUUGUUACUUAUUUUUCCCAAUUUAUUGGUUUUCCAAAGUGAUUAGGUUUUUUCCAGAUUGAUUUCAGUAUGAUUUGAUCUGUUUUCGAUAU